UGCAGUGGAUGCCAUUGGUUCCGCUACUGCGACAAGAGUUGCCAACGGGCGGGCUGGUGCGACCACAAGCUGGAAUGCGAGCGGUUAAGGCAGUCGUUCCCUCAUUUGCCACUAACCGACGUGCUGUUUCUCGGACGUGUCAUAGACAAGCUGAAUUUCAUGCAGCAGCACGGCCACACACGCCAGUACCAGGCCCAGCGCGAGUUCGCCGACCUCAUGUCGCACGAGGAUGAGGUUCGCGCCGACGACGCGAAGAUGAACCAGUUCGACGCUAUGUACGACAAAGCGCAGCGCUUUCUCACCUGCCACAUGCCGUCGAAGGAGCAGUUCUUUACUAUCUUCUGCAAGACAUGCAUCAACAGUCACACGAUUCACUCGAACUCGGGCGCCGAGAUCGGCAUGGCCCUCGAUCUAGGUAAGUAA